GGCCACUACCUGCACACGCCUCCUCUCGCGCUCGGCAUAAAACACCGUACGUUGCGUCCCAUGUCACUUGACUCCCUUAGGGGCACGCCCCAUGGAUCGCAUGGCGGUCCGCUAGUUUUGACCCUGGCACGUCAGACUGCCACCAUGCUCUCGAGCUGCAAGUUUGUAUAACACUUCAUGCCCUUUGAAAAGCGAGCGACACAGUCAAGCAGACUCUCAGCUGAAAGCCUUGACCGUCAAACAGCGAGCCGGCGGCGAUGGCCGCGACUGCGGACAGCCUGCAGCAGCAGGUCGACGAAAUUUGCGCAUGCUGCCCGGUGCUCAGCCCUGCGAUUAUUCCCAGCGGCUAUGAAACCCAGGACCUGGUGGAGCUGAUGCAAAAUGCUGGCCGGGAGUCGGUGCAGGCGUUUGAGGAGCUGCUGGAGGGGGCGGGGAGAGGCGUAACGUGCUGCUGCGUGUGCGGGGCGGACGGCACGCCCUCCACCAGCGGCGGGGGCUCAGAUGACGACAGCGACGGGGAGGGCGACGCCUCGCUCUACUUCACAGUGCUGACGGGGCUGAGCUUCAAAGAUCGGACAGUGGCAAUGAAGCGCGCAGGAUUCGCAUGCGGGCAGUGUCGGGCGCUGCGGAGCACCAACCGCAUGAUACGGUUCGCGGCGCUGCGUGUGGGCGCCGACGCGCCGGCCGAUGACGACGACGAGGAGCAGGGGGACUCCGGCUCGCGGCUGCUGGCGCUGGCGGCGCACCUGGCGUCCGUGAACCGCGCGCCCGACAGCCUGCAGGCCUCGCCCGAGGGCCUGGCGGUGUGGCUGCAGGAGCUCUACUGCCGCGCGCAUGCGCUGCAGGUGGUGGCCAGCAACCUGGGCGGCUGGCGUUGUGUGGGCCCCACGGGCCAGGUGCUGCGCCUGGCACGGCCCAAGGAUGUGGUGGCCGCCGCGCGCGCCCUGCUGCAGCCGCCAGAAGAGGAGGCGGCGCAGAAGCCGCGGAAGGAGGGCCGCAAGAAGCAGGCGGCGGCGGGCAAGCAGGUUGUAGCAGCGGGGCAGCAGGCGGCGGCGGUCGCCGGCAAGGGCGCGGGCAAGGCGGCGCAGGCCAAGCAGGAGCCGCCGAAGGCGGCGGCGGGGCCCCAAAAGGGGCAAGCUGUAGCGGCUUUGAAGCAGCAGCAGCAACAACAGCAGGCAGGGGCGGGCAAGAAGCGGUCUGCGGUGGAGGUGGCGGCCGAUCAGGAGGCGCCGCGUGCAGCAGGGAAAAAGGCCAAGGGCGGGGCCCCGCCGCCGCAGGCGAAGCCCGCCAAGCCGGCAGCCGCGGCCAAGGCGCCGGUGCCCCAGGGCGGCAAGGCGGGCAAGCGGGUGAGGUAGUGGCAUGGGUCGAGAGUGUGACCGGCGUGAGGUGUGGACUGGAACCGGCAGGCCAGGGUGCGCACGGCGUGCGUGAUGGACUGGCGCGGAGCCGCGCACGCAGUCGGUAUGACGGUGUAGUUGUUUCAUUGCGGUGACCACGCCGCCCUGUAUGAGGAAUUGAUUGUGUAUGCGGCAGUUUCGACUCUCGAGUCUUGGAGUUGACGGGAUUCGGACUGCCGGACACUCGGACAGCUGCGUGCGCAUGGGCUGCCGCGCCCGAUGGGGCCGGCGCACUGGGGCGCGUUUGAAUGCUUGAUGAUUGGACUGCGUGAGCCUGUGAGGAGUAGCACGUGGAAGAGUCCUGAAGUUUUGGAGCACGGGACCCCUUGAAAGCCCAGGGUGAACGUGAAGGCAUGUGAGGAGGCCGCGCAGUGACGAGGAGGCGGGGAGGUGUGCCACAGCCUCAAAAGUGAAAGCACAAGAGUACAAGAGAC